CGUUUGGAACGCUGGAAGCGACUGAAAAUCCACUCCAUUCUUAGAGCCAUUCCCCCAGUCAAACACACACACACACGAAAUAUGCGUCUCUCUGUCUUUAGUCUCCUGUUGCUGACGGUUUGUCUGCAUUCCGCCACAUCGGAUGUCUCUCAGCUGGUGCGCUCUGGCAAUGGGUUUGUCUAUGAUGUGCCGAAGGUCACCCAACUGGAGCUGGAGGUCAGUAAUGAGUUCCCCACGGGCGAGGAGUUCCCCCAGGAUGCCAUACCCGUGGCACCAUCCGACGCAGAGCUGGGCCAGGCCGAAGAGCCCGAAGAGGAAACCGCACAGCUAAUAUCCGCCUCAAAGUCUCCAAGUAAAAGUGCCGGCAGCAGCAGCAGCAUUCACGGCUACAAGUACCAAGUGCCCAGCAGGCGCUUCAAGAGCUGAGACCCUCUACCUACCUGUUGUGUUUCCCUCGAAUUUUGUACCAAAGUUUUCUGUCUAAAGAUAAUAAAAAUUGAAAUCCCCCCCCAUAA